AUGACGGGUACGCCACCAGGGUCACCGUCGAGUGCGCCCCAACGACCAGUGAGCACCAUCAUGCGUUCGCAAAGAAGCAAUAGUCGCCUCAGUAUGAGCAGUAAACAUGGCGGAGGAAGUCGAGCUUCCGAUGAAGAUGGGAAAACUGCGGUCAAAGUCGCUGUACGUGUCCGACCUGCUUUAAAACCGGACGACCCCAACUAUGAACUGGUUCCACAACGCUUUCAGCGGCCGAUGGUUCAUGUCAUCAACCCGACCAGUCUCGCAGUAGACGUUCCCCAGGGCCGCAAGUUAUUCGUCUUCGACCGCGUAUUCUCCGAGGCUGUCGAUCAGGAUGGAGUUUGGGAGUACCUGAGCGAUAGCGUGACUUCGUUCCUGCAGGGUUACAAUGUCUCCAUCCUGGCAUACGGUCAGUCGGGCGCGGGAAAGUCCUAUACCAUGGGAACCGCCGGGCCCAGCGAACAGCAAGACCCGAAAUCCAUGGGGAUUAUUCCUCGUGCCGCGCAGCUCCUGUUCGAGAAACUGGACGGUCCACCCAAGCACAACCGCCACAGCUCCUCCGGUCUUCGAACUCCAGCUCGAUACUCGGUCGGUUCGACCGCUAGUUUCGGGAAAGCGAGUGUCGAGAAGAACUGGCAGCUAAAAGCUACUUAUGUCGAAAUCUACAACGAGCAAUUGAGAGAUCUGCUCCUCCCGGACCACACGCCUUUCAGUGAUCGCAGCGCGGUCACGAUUCGUGAAGAUCCUAAAGGUCGUAUUAUCCUGACCGGCCUGCAUCAGGUCAACAUCAAUUCCGUGGAUGACUUGAUGGGCGCAUUGAGCUUUGGAUCCUCGAUCCGACAGACUGAUUCCACUGCGGUCAACGCUAAAUCCUCCCGAUCGCACGCCGUGUUCAGUCUGAACCUGGUUCAAAGGAAGACUGCUAACGGGAUAGUGUCACCGAAAGACAAGCGUAUGUCUAUGCCGGGUGAUAUGGCAGCUGGGUCUGAUCACACCAUCACGGUGGACAGCAAGCUCCAUUUCGUGGAUUUGGCGGGAAGCGAGAGGUUGAAGAAUACGGGAGCGUCGGGUGAGCGGGCUAGGGAAGGUAUCUCGAUCAACGCCGGUCUUGCUGCACUGGGCAAAGUCAUCUCCCAGCUUUCGUCUCGACAAGCAGGCUCUCACGUCUCGUAUCGCGAUUCGAAGCUUACUCGGCUCCUCCAAGACUCCCUCGGUGGAAAUGCCUAUACGUACAUGAUUGCCUGUGUGACACCUCCCGAAUUCCAUCUGAGUGAAACGCUCAACACCGUUCAGUAUGCGCAGCGAGCUAGAGCAAUUCAGAGCAAACCGCGGAUCCAGCAAGUCAAUGAUGAGUCCGACAAGCAUGCGGUUAUGGAACGACUGAAGGCAGAGGUGGCAUUUUUGCGUCAGCAGUUGCGCAACGCAGAAGAGGCCGACCGACGAAGCGUUGCGCCAGCCGAACGAACGGAGCGCCAGAAUGAGCGGGAGGUCGAACUUCAAAAUCACCUGCUGGAUGUUCAAGAGAGCUAUAAUGCGCUGAGCCAGCGCCAUGCCAAGCUGAUUUCAGAAUUGGCACGGGACUCCGAAAAAGGCACUGAUAUCGAUGCAAACGACUUCGCCACUGCCGUCGGUAAAAGCUCAGUCGAGAGACUCAAGAGGUCUCAGUCAUUCGCCGAGUCUAUCGAGCAAGUGGUCCUCGAAUACGAGAAGACAAUUCAGAGCCUGGAAACGUCUUUGUCGAACACACGAUCCUCUCUGUCUACGACUGAAAGCACUCUCCUUGAGCGUGAGACCAGAUGUACCUACGUGGAGGCCGUUAAUUCGCAGCUACAGUCCCGCAUCCAGAAACUCCUAGAUCGAGAGGGUAGCACGGAAUCAUAUCUGCGUGAAUUGGAAUCAAAGCUCGAUGGACAAACCUCAGGCGAAGAGAAACAGGAGGCUAUCGUAUCGGAGCUGCGCAAAGAACUUAGCCGUGCCCGUGAAAGCGAAGCCAACUGCGAAGACUACAUCUCAACUCUGGAAGAGCGUUUGGCUGAAGCGGAUCAGGACAUGGAGCUGAUGCAAAGAGAGCUGGAGCGGCUGGAGCACGUUGUCGAGCGCCAGCGAAGCUUAGGAAAACUCGAUAACCUUCUCUAUGAGCUCGAUCAUGUGCAACAGAACGGCGACCAAAAGGCCGACGAGCUCGUUGAUGAGCGUGAAAAUGUUCUGAAUAUCCCUGCCAAGGGUGCCUACAACCCUCGUCUACGAGCAACAUCGCUAGAUGUAUUGACUGAAGCCGUAGAGACCGCUAUCCCAGAAUCUGAUGAAGGCCUAAGCGACCCAGUCGCUACUCUUGCGGAUGAAAGUCUUGCGGAUGCCGAGUCGGUCGCCGAAGAAGAUGAGCGCGACUUGAAGACCUUGGAAGACGCGACUAACCAACUUCAGCCAGAGGUUGCGAAUGCGCAGAGCCGGCCUCCAAGCCCGACUCAGUCCAGGGUUGUUGCCGAGAAACUAGACACUGUGACACAGGAGCUUCUUGACUUGCGUUUGCAGCACGAGACGACUCUGAAUGACUAUGAGCUUCUCGCGUCCAAAUACGAGGCUGCAAUGAAGGCUCUGGCAGAGCUUCAGCAAGAUGCUGCAGACGAGGCCCGUCAUCCUGGAUCAAAUCUCCAGAGCCUCCUUUCUCCGACUGCUUCUUCCCGUCCAGUUUCUUUUUUAGAAGAUGCGAAGAUCCCCGAGUCGAGAGUUGGAACACAACGUUCCUUCUCGCAUUCACUCUCUUCGGAGUUAUCCUUGGCCGGGGAGCCUGCUGCUUCGCACGAAUCCUCUAAUACAAACGAGCAGUUGACCGAGCAGGAGGUCCCUAAUAGUGCUCGUAUUUCUGAGAUAGAUGACGCCAGAGCCCAGGAGGUUGAGCAGAUGCGUCGUCUGCUCUCUGAACACCAGGAAGGCGUCAGCAUCAUGACGCAAAAAUACGCGCAGCUACAAGCGGAGCACGAACAAACACUUGGCCUGAUCGAAACGCUCAAGGCGGAAAUCCAGAAACCGAGGUCAUCGCCGACGACGCCGGGCUUCAAGUCUCCAGUGAUCAGACGCAAGACUAGCCAGAGUCUGAUUGGUAGUGUGGACCGUGCUCAACGAUCCUUGGCCGCCUUACGCAACCUCGCCUCGGAGGAAUUCGAGUCUCGUCCUGAUACGAUGCAGAAUUUCGAAGUGCACCUCGAUUCUGCCAUGCACGAAUUGUACAACCGCAUGGAGCGUAUCCAGGCGCUCGAGGCUGAGAACCAAAGCGUCAAAAAGGAGAUGGAAAUGAAGUCCACCAUCAUCUCCGGACUCACUAGAGAGAGGUCCAGUUUGCAGGGUGGCGCUUCCCAGGUGGAUAUGGGACUCGUUUCCCAGCUGCGUGACCAAGUCGUUCAGCAAGAAAAUAUCAUCAUGGAAAUGAGAGAAGCACACGAGGCUAGGGAGAAGUUGCUUCUGGCCGAGAUUGACGAACUCAAAGGUCUUCUCAAGACCCAAGAAGAAGCCGCUAAGGCUUACGAUGCUGGUGCUGAGGAACAAGACCGGAAGAUCAACUCCUUGAACGGGGAAUUGUUCGAGUGGAAGAACAAACACCAGAACGCUGUGCAAUCACUACAGUCUUCGGAAGAACAACUUAGUGCGACGCUGGCAGAGCUUGACAGUGCCCUGGCCUCGUUGGACGCACUGCGCGCUGAACAGGCUGCGGCAGGUGAAGCAUCUGCGUCAAAAGAGGCUGCUGCAAGAGAGCUGGAAAGCGAAAGAGCGGAACAGGAAGAAACCGUCACCAAGCUGAAGCGGGUCAUCGAGGAACACCGAUCCACAGCGAACAUCAACCUCGAGCAAAUUGCUUCUUUGGAGAAACUGUACGGUGAAUCUCAGCAGCAGCUGUCCGAACUCCAGGCCGCUAAAGACAGCGAUGGUAACGAGGCGGCGAUACAUCAGUCUCGCAUGACCGAGUUAGAGGAAGAAAUUGAGUCUCACAAGUUGCUCGCUGACACCUACAAGAAGAAUCUUGAUGCCUUGCAAGAAACCCACAGACAAGAGAGGGAGGAAUUGGAAUCCCGCGCAAGAGCCGCCAUGCAAGCCGAAUAUGAGACACGUUUCACGGAGAUGAACACCAACCAUGAACAAGCCAUGGACAAUCUGAGAUCUGAGAUCAUGGCGUCACGCGACGAAUUGACGAACUUGAUGCAAUCGGUCUCGCGACUUUUGAGCUCCGAUGUCACUGUUGACAACCUAACGGACCAGAUUCAAGAUGUUCUGGUGCAGAAACAGCACUUUUCUGACAGAUAUGCAGAGCUGAUGGAUAUGAAUGAUGAUUUGCGCAAGCAACUCGGUGAGAAGAGCAGCGAAGCCGGACGUCUCGACGAGCUUACCCGGAACAACGCAGCCAAAGACGCCAAGGUGAAUGAGCUUGCUCUGCUGGUCGCUACCCUGGAAGAUACUCUUCUGCAGAAGGAUGAACAAGUGAAGAAGAAGGAGGCUCUUCUCGCUGAAGUCCAAGAAGAAAAGGAACGGAGUGUGCGUCUCGUCGAAGAACUUGAGGAACAGAUUACGAACAGCUUCGAUCAACACAACAACCGGCUUUCUGUGAUUCAACAAGAGCGCGACCAAGCUCUAGAGGACGCCAAAGUCAAGAUCGCCACUUACGAGAAGGAGAUUGAAACCUACCGUUUGCGGAUCGAGCAGCUCGAGCUUCAACUCAAGAACCACGAUAGCUCUCAUGAUCGCAGCAGCUCGAUCACAUCCAAUCUCCGCAAGAGCGCCUCGGCCACCUCCCUUCCUUCUCCACCCCCAGCAAUUCCUCUGCCACCACUUCCCAACAUUGCAUCUGCCACCAAUGGCACUGGCAGCAUUUCUCCGCCAAGCUCGCGCCAUACCAGCAAAGAAUUGGUUAGCCCGCAGAUGGUCGAGGACCAGGAAGCGCGUAUCCGUACCAUUGAGAAGCACCUGAACGCUGAGAAACAACUCACGGCCACUUUGGAGGAAGCUCUUGGCGAUCUUGAAGCCCAGAGCAACAAGGUCAAGGCCGAUUGCGAGACCUGGAAGAAGAAGGCCUGGCAAUUGGAAGAAGAGUUGACGACAUUGCGCAAGGAGCGCACCUCCCAGCGCCUUUCACUCCAAGCGGUUGAGGAGGAGAGGAAUGCUCGACGGGAGGCCGAAGCUGCCAGAGCACAGCUUGAAGAACGCAUGAACGCACUCAACAAGAAGAAAAAGAAGAGCACGCUUAACUGCUUUUGA